AUGGCGACAUGUGCUAGCGAGGAGAAAAAGCCUAAUUUUUCUCAUGCCAUGUUGUCCAAAUCGCACCGAUUUUCGUUGUAACAAUUUCGUCUUCCAUAUCCAGAACUUACUAACUCCUCACAAACUCAAUAACAGGGUCUGAUACAUCCCUGGAGAUUGUAAACGAGGCUUAUAUUUUAGGCUGUAAAAACGCUCAAGGAACGUGCAUGCGUGUGCGUGGACUGAUUUCUGCACGAAAUCUUAAAGAAAACUGAGGCACACUUCUGAAAUAAUCUCAGAUUGUUCGUAAAAGAUACCAUCCCUAUCGUGUGGAUAUCAUUGACAACUAUCCUAGGAUAUUGCUUGUGUGUCUACGUGGUCUUGGUUGUGUGUGAGCUUGACAGCUGGGAGAUAUUCGGAUAGUUAUCAAGCUUCUGUGACCUAGAAGUGCAAGGUUAUUUGCUGUGUGGGGCUUUGAAGCCAGUGAUUAUUGCAACAUAUUGUUGUGGUUAUACCAAAACUUUAGCACUUUUCGGGCCUCUGUGUUACUUAUAUGGCGAAAGUGCCAUAUAUUGAACCACUAUUUGUGGGUGAAAGAGUGUGUUCUUUUUGGAUUUGCUAAUCCAAGGGGCUCAAAUUUGGUUGUGGAUCUUUCUGAAUUCACAGAUACUGUACAUUGCACAGUGCAUUUGUGUGUGAGCUGAAUCCAAAAUGGCUUCCACAGAAGUUGAGGCUGCCCCUUGUCAAAGUCAGGCAGAUUUAGGGCAGCAGAGCAAGGAAGUGACAUUACAAGGUGAUAAUAAUAAACUUGAAUACGAUAACAAGAAUCUUUCCACGAAACAUGAUGUGCAGACUCUCGUAAAAACAGAGGAAGCAGUGGUGGAUUCAAAUGAUAUUGGUCAAGUCGAUGUUGAUGGUGCUGCGACAAGCAAAAGUGCUAAAGAAACGGCAAAUAAGGAAACAAAGGAGGCCAAGGACUUGAAACUCUUCGACAAUAAGACAUAUGUUGAGGCACCAAUGCCAAAAACCAACCCGUGGAAUAAGACUGUGACAGUUUCUGUGGGGAAUACAUUGGACACGGACUCUGGCAUGUCACAUGGCUCUGCAGGCCUUGGCAUUCAAGUUCAAGCAGAAAUCAAUGGAGAACCCCAGAAAACCAAAGUUAUCAAAGUGUCUGGUACUACCUCUAAAAAGAGUGAAAAGGCGAGCGAUUUUACCGACAUGUCUGCAUGGCCGACGUUAGGAGAAGUUACCGACGUGGCGCCAUUCCAGGCUUCAAAUAAACGACGCCCGAAGGAACUUUUGACGCAGAAACAGUUGUCGGCAACCGAUUCGGGAGGAGAAGGUGACGACUCCUCCAAAGAAAAUAAAGACAACACGAGCGGCAGUGGCGACGAGAAUCAGAAGACACCAAAGAGAAAAUCCAAGGCCAAGUGGGUGCCACUGGAUAUUGAACCGCCCAAGGGUGGGCGAACGGGAAGGAGAAGUAAGAGUCGCGAUGAUCUGCGACGCGAUGCACGACGAGGGGAACUGCCAGCCAAACUAAGAGACGACGCGAGAGGUUCCGAUUCUGCUAACUGGCGUGACGAGAUGAGGGCGCCAAGUCCUCGAGGUACUCACCGUGGGAUGAGACGGGGGCGUGGACGUGGUCGAGGACGCGGCGGUGGAAGGUCGCCGAGGAGCGGGGGUGAUCGCCCAGAGUUCAACCCUGCUUCAUCAGAUUUCCAGUAUUAUAAUAGUUACGAUGACCAGUUCUUCGUGGAACCCGGUCUAAACCAGAUGAUUUCUGCACCGUAUGGCACGGUAUAUUUCAACAGCCAGUUCCCUCUCGGUGUUGAUGCACAGAUUGUCAAAGAAUACAUUAGGAAACAAGUAGAAUACUACUUCAGUGAGGAGAACUUACAGCGCGACUUCUUCCUGCGCAGGAAGAUGGAGGUCGGCGGUUGGAUCCCGGUCAGCUUGAUAGCGGGGUUCAGGCGUGUGCAGGCGCUCACACAGGACUUGAAUAUGAUGGUCGAGGUGGGCAGCAUGAUUAUAGAGUCACUAAAGGACAGCGUGGAGUGUGAGAUGUCGGAAGAUUGCCAGAAAAUUCGCUCAAAAACCAACCCAGACAAAUGGAGGAUAGAAGUUCCAACGAUUGCGACGUCGACGUUGCAUCCAGACGUCCCGGAAUUCGUGCCGGGACAGACGUAUUACUUUCCACCAUCCGGACAGGGUACAGCGUCUGCUCCAGAAUCGCCACGAGAUGCAGCAGACGACGAGGACGAGUCGCUGGAAGACAUGCAGGAGGGUGGCGCGCGGUCAAAACAGAAUCGGCCAGAUUCUGGCGCGCAGUCAAACGUUUUAUCAUCCAGCGCCCCCGAGAGGAGGGACUGGUCGGAUGAAUGGAAGGAAGUGAAACGAAAACCAAAAGUACCAAAACCAAAGAAAGAACGUCCACGGGAAAACCAACAGGAGGAGCUGGACUUCAUGUUCGAUGAAGAAAUGGAAGGAUUAUCUGGGAGGAAGAACCAGUUUACAGAGGACUGGUCCGACUCCGACGAUGAACUUGAGGAUAUCGACAUCAAUAAAAUUUUAAUCGUGACACAGACUCCGCCGGCAUUCCGCAAGCAUCCUGGCGGUGACCGGACUGGAGAUUAUACGUCCAGGGCCAAGAUGACGUCAGAGUUGGCCAAGAUUAUUAACGAUGGUUUGGUUUAUUAUGAGGAUGACUUGUGGGAGGAGCAUGUCAGGAGAAAUCCAUACAGUUCGCUUCAAGAGUUACAUGAAUCUUUCCAUGAUCUACAGCAAUACAAAACAGUCAAGACAAUAAGCAAGGAAGAGUACGAGAAAAUCCACCCGAUGGCAGCACCAGUCGACCCGAAUCAGAAGGUCCCACCACCACCUCCACCAAUGGUAGACGCCGAUGAUGAGGAUGAAGAACUGACGGCAGAGGCGGAAGGUGAUGACGACGCUUUAUUAAACGAACGAGGCUCGCGGACACCACGCACACCGAGGAGUCGGAAGGCACCACGAUUCUACCCGGUGGUGAAGGACGGCAGCGCACCACAAGACCCACAGACGCCUAGAAAGAAAAAGACCAAACAUAGUCAGAACCCCGUGCUAGAGAGCCAUGUUGGCUGGGUGAUGGACUCCAAGGAACAUCGCCCGAGAACGCAAUCAUUAUCACAAAGUCCAUCAGAAAGUCAAGUUUCAACGAGUUACGGCACGCCACAUUCCUUCCCCGCCUUCCAACAUCCAUCACAUGAACUGCUCAAGGAGAAUGGAUUUGUCUGGCACGUCUAUCAUAAAUAUCAUGCCAAGUGUUUAAAGGACCGCAAGAAACUGGGUAUCGGCCAGUCACAAGAGAUGAACACGUUAUUCCGAUUCUGGUCCUUCUUCCUCCGAGAGCACUUCAAUAAAAAGAUGUACCAAGAAUUUAAAUCACUCGCUGUCGAGGAUGCCAUCACAGGAUACCGGUACGGCCUGGAGUGCUUGUUCCGUUUCUUCAGCUACGGACUGGAGAAGAAAUUCCGAGUGGACCUUUUCAAAGAUUUCCAAACAGAGACAAUCAGGGAUUAUGAAGCUGGUCAACUGUAUGGACUGGAGAAGUUCUGGGCAUAUCUGAAGUAUGCCAAAUGCAAGUCAAAGUUGACGGAUAUCGAACCAAAGAUAUCAGAUUGGCUUGGAAAGUAUAACAACUUGGAGGAUUUUAGAGUCGUGCCCCCACUUGGUGACGAUGGCAAAGUCAUGCAUUCCAGUCUGUCACAGUCAGAACCGAACCGCCAGCGUCAUAUGUCGGAGAGUGGCGGCAGACAGAGACACUCCUCUGGUGGUAGAAAAAGGUACUCAAGUCAAUCGGAUAAAGGUCACGUGAAAAAGGGCGGCCAGGGUGCGAAGAAGUCAAGCGACGGAAAACAGAAAGCGACAGAUAGUCAGAAAGGUGGCGCUGCUGAGGGGAAAUCGUCAUCGGAGUCGGCGGGGAAGGUUGAGGGUGCGACGGCAGCAGUGGCGACCUCUAGCAAAUCAGAGCACUGAACCAAGACACUGAGGGAGUAGUUUGAAUUCGUGAUGCAACGCGGGCGGGGAUUUGUUAUGACGCGGAACAGAUAUUGUACAUUGGACUUAGAAACUUUGACGUGAUGGUGCGAUUUGGAAACUUGUGACGGCAUGGAGAUAUUGUGAAUUUGAAUUUCUGUGGGCAGGUUUAGGCAAGAUUUUAAAAAUUUGCCGCAGGCUGAUUGAAAUAAUGAUUUCUGAUGUCACAUUGUGAUGAAAUAUUAAGCGGUCUGUUUUCCCGACUUUUAAUUUGAGGAGGGUAUUGGUCAAGCUGAUUAAAAAUGCUGAUGUGUUUUUUGAAUCAUGAAUAGUAUUGGACAAUAUGAAAUGACAUGCUGCCAAAACGGAAAAUGGUCUGUUUUUGUGAAUACGAGUCGGGAUGAGAAUUUAGUUUUUUCGAUGUAUGCAUCAGUUUGUUAAAUAUAUCCUUAUCUUAUUGGUGGCGGCAUGGUGCGUUAUCUGAAUCUGAUAACCAUGGUGACCAGAGAGAUAUGACAGGAAAGAUGCUGCUGCGCUGAUUUCUUGGUAUUGAAUACUUAAUGUGAUCUGAACGGCGAGCUAGAGAAAUAAUUCAGAAGUUUGUGAAUGAUGAGGUUGAGAUUGUCCAUGUUAUGCUAAUAAUUUUGAAAUCAUUGAAUUGUUCAUGAAAAAAGUACAUAAUCUGCUAAAAAUCACGGUGCGACGGAUGCCAUUAGAAAUUCAUCAAUUAAAAAGUUCAGAAUUUGACCAGUGCUUAAUGAAAAUUGUUCAGCUAGAAAUUCAGAAUUUGACAUACAUGCGCUGCAAAAAAUUCAGAAUUUGACGAAUGCUAUGUGAAAUUCAUCCAUGUUAAGCUUAUGAUAAGAAGUUGCUGACGUCUCGUCGGGGUUGAAUGUACCAAAAUUUGACGCUGGUAUCUGUGAUUGAAUCGUGACAUGUCCUGGUUUUUCCAGCAGUUUGUUGAGUAAUCGUGUGGAAAUUGGCAGAUCGGGUGGGCUAGCCUGUCUAUUGCCCUGGUGGACCCAAGACUCUGAGAACCAGGUGCGGCCCCUCACUAUUCAAUAUUUUGACGGUCAAAAUUGAAGAAAAUUUGAAAUUAGGGGGUCCCGGAUCCACGGCACAUUCUGACGAGCACGUGUGCCCAAGAAGUGAAGUCACGGUCCGUUGGGACCGCGUCUUCAUGGAGGAACUCGAUCAGAAUUAUUGUCAACUUGAUCAUGAUUUGAAAUAUACUCCCGUCUAACACCACAGAAUUUGAGGACUAGUGCUAUUGCUCCCGAUUCAAAAAGGUGUGAUGCCCUUAAAUGUCGAGCUCUUCCAACAGUACAAUGUUUAUGUUUUGCAAAAAUAUCGUCUGCACAUGCCUGGCAGAUCGAUGGCACAGGGUUGCGUGUACCUAACUGAGGUGUUGUUGGCAGUUGGAGGCUUUUCGUGAGAACUGCCAAAAAUGAAAUUGGUUUGAAAGUUAUCUUACCGGCUGUGUUAUACCCUGCCUGUAGAUCUAACCAGAGAAAUCAAAACCAGUCCGAUUGCCGCUUGUAUAUCGUUGGUAUCACACCACGAGUGGUGAAGCAGGGGGCGGCACUGGUAAAUAUCCUUGCGAUACAUAUAUUUUGCCUUUAAAUUAUUUUUGCAGAUGAUCGCAUUUAUCUCGUAAUUGUAAUCAUAGUCACAUACCAUGUCACAUUGUAAUGUAAUCAUUUCAUGAUGUCUAUCAUGUAGAAAACCAAAGAUAAUAAUCAUUAGUUGAAAGAGAACUCAAAGUGUAAGGUAAAGUGGUACAAUUUUAGCCCCAGUACAAUUAUAGCUCCUACAGAGUUGAAGAGUUGUCAGUGUGCAUGAAUGCACACGGCGGCUAUAAUUGCACCCUGAGAGUAUAAUUUACUGGGGUGUUAAUUGUAGCACCUUACCUUACAUGCUUCACUGUUGUAUCUGGUCCAUCAGACAUCAAAUCUUGGAAUACGGCGUACGGGUGUUAUGAUAAAGAUGAUAUCACGCAGAACCACAACUUGACCUCGGCCAACUGAAAGUGCGAGACGAGAGAUGGUGGCCGAUGAUGUUCAGUCAUACUCGGCAUCCACUGGUCCAUUCGCAACGUUAAAAUCAUACUGCCUCCUACCCCCUUGCCAUAACAUCAUCAUAAUUGACAGCUUCCUGAAGGUCAUAUUAUUACACCUCAAGGUUGGGGGAGUUGUGUAGAUAAGUCAUGUGUUAAGCAUGUUUUGUUUUGAUUCACAAAACCAGACAAAAUGCACCUCGCGUGUUAAUCUUUGAGCAGAUUUGAUAAACCUGAUGGUAUUUGGUUUAAUAACGCUCUUUGGGAACCUCGAGGUGUGGUUACGACAUUCAGCAGGACCAUGGUCAUCUUGCGAUAGGAAUGCACCACUGCUGGCCAAAAGUCAUUUCUCAGAAAAUUUCUACCUGACUUUAUAUUUUAUCAUUUUAUCACUAAAGUGGUGUUGGAUGAUUUAUUUGCAUUCAAUCUUACUCUCAUUAUCACCGGUGUCGGUCAGUUUACAUUGGUCCAGUUUUCACAUCGAUACAUUUUCUCAAACCUUUCAAUCUGCAGUACACCUGUGAUUCGAAAUUUGAGAAUUUGGAGUUCCCCAACUUUCGAACUUCGAAGUCCUUUCAACUGUGAUGCUUAACAAUCUUUGGUGCCGACCGUUGUUUUUCCUUCUGUUUAAUCUUCUGGUGAAGUUUUUGUAGACAAUUGACUUGAUGAGUACGUGUAAUGGUCAGUUUGAGGUUUCACUUGAAAUAUUGCUCCUCUCCUUUCCUUCGUGACAUUGGAUGUCAUAGUGUUUCAGCAAGAAAUUUGAAAAGGCGGGCCAGAAACACCACAUUCUGAAAUAGGCAGGGUGCUGUGCCAGGCCAUUAAACUCUUUAGCUGAAAUGCUGUGUUACCAUGGUGGAGUGUCAGAAGGUUGUGAAAAACUCCACUAGAACUUUUGGAUCUUGUAUGCCAAGUUGUUCGUAGUUCGGUGAUUUUUGUCUAGUAAAAGUCUAAUUUGAUUUCUAAAUGAUAGUAGUACCUUGGUCUAUUUUUCCGACACAUCAAAUUCUGCUGAUUGCAAUACUAAAAAAGUCAUCAUAUACACUUGUGUUCUUGUCUGUAAAUAAUCAUAACAAUCAACCUACACACCCUCAGUUUCUUGAAUAGACUCUCCUGAUGUAUUAACUGGGAGAGUCAAUAGAGUGACAUGGGGGUGUAUUGGUUUCAAACUGUAAAUAAUGCUGGACUAUGGUAUAAUCAACCGUCACACUAGGUGAGCGGUCAUGCUCACAAAAAAAAGAUAUAUUUUGCUUAUGAUACUGAAAAGUAGUACUUGUAAUUAAGAUUGUAAUGUUUUGAUUAAUUGUUUGUAUUGACUAAUUAAUACAUGUUAUGUUUGAUUGGUAAUCUCUGAUUUCUUAACGAGUUUGUCGUUUUCUCCUCAUAAUAAGGUUUAAGAUGCUAUACAUCAACUGUCAGUGAUCCCGCUGUGAUUGAUUCCUUUAUUGAUUUGAUGACAUCGGUACGUUUUGGUACUUGUGCAUGUAGCCUGCACCAAAUUUUAGAUUUAUGAUUGACAGACCGGGUGGUUAGUCCACAGAACAUCACUUAUAACUGUAGGUGUCAUUAGACGCUGUUAUUCUCAUGAUUCAGUAGAAAAUUAUAGUAUGUAACCGACUUCAUUUGAGAAAACUAAGAAUUUAUCUUUAGCGCGAGUUAUAGAGUAGUUCUUGAUUUGGGUAGCCAUCAGAAUAGCCUCUGAAAGGACGUUACAUGCUAAUUUCUAGUCCUGAUGUCACUGAAGUCGUUCAGGACAGGGUUUUUUCUCAGGAAUUUUAAGUUGCUCAUUUAAAGUAAUAGACUGUCUUUGAAUUGGAGUAAUAGUGGUGAAAAAGUGCUCGAUUCAAAGCCUUAGAUGGUACCAUUCAUUAGAAAGCUCUUGAUGAGCACUUUCCGAUGGUACCAUUUGUAAACCUGUUGACAUGACCAUUCAUUAGAAAGCUCUCAAUGAACACUUUCUGAUGGUACCAUUUGUAAACCUGUUGACAUGACUAUUCAAUAGAAAUCUCACAACAAUCACCUUCUGUUGGUAUACUUAACAACUGAUUAACCCUUUGGUAUCAUUUUUGUCUCAAUUGCUCUGCUGUAAAUCCUUAUGAGAAUGUACAUUUUAGCUGUACCUUGAGAUUCUUAUUAUCAUUUAGUUUAUUUCGCCUGGAGAUUUAACAAUACAGGGCUUCCAAAUAUAAAAGUUGUUAUUCUUAAUUAGCAUCCUUUACCUGUUGCUGUCGUUAAUUACCACGAUUAUUUGUGUUAGCGUUAAAUUUGUGAUCUUUCUGUAAAGGUUAACGUUAUCCUACCGGUCUAUGAACUUCCGUUGUAUAAUUUUGUUGAAACACUUUAAAGUCCCACGGUGUUCUCUUAUCCUGAGCAGUAAUAUUUCCACCAACAAAGCGCUCAUCCUGAGCAGUAAUAUUUCCACCAACAAAGUGCUCAUCCUGAGCAGUAAUAUUUCCACCAACAAUGUACUCAUUCUGAGCAGUAAUAUUUCCACCAACAAAGUGCUCAUCUGAAUAUCUGCUGUCACUUUAGCAUGUCCCAUAAACAGCUGUGCUUUGUAGAAACUGUGGUUUGGGAUCGCCUCGAUCUUAUCAAAUACUUGACGAAAUCCGAAACUAAUCCCGCAGCAAAACUCAUCCAGGUAUUAAUCUGUCAGGUUUUUUUUGGACCAAGUGUGGAGAGCUUUUAACUCAGUGGGGCUUUAAUGGGUUGCUGUAUAAUUUCACUUAGUCCAUGAAAUCUUCUCGAUAAAACUGAUAUUACUACAUGUAAGCCAGAUAAACUACAGAAGUAUUACACUGAUCUUGUUAUUGUAUAAUAGAUAUUCGGGUGCUUGCUGUGCAGUUGUGUAACAGCCAGCACCUUGAAACUCUCUUCUGCACUUGGUGAUGGGAUAGGUUUUUGAAAAGGCUGCACUGGUUUAAACUUGUACUUAGUCGCUCAAUAGUGUUUAAUAUACUAUGAAUUCCUUAUCAAAUAGUGGUCGUCGCAACCUCUUGGCACAAAAAAUUUUCUGUAUUUCUUCAUAUUUACAUAUCAUUUUGCACCAAUUUCGACCCUAUCAUGCGGUGUUCACUGCUACCAAAGUCAGUUUUAAGAACGUUUCUGCCACAAGUUUAUCAGGAAUAUCUGUAUUUUUUUCUUUGCCCACCAAUGCCCAUAUUGUCAUAACUGUGUUUGGCUGGAUAUUAUUAACCAGACAGAGGUACUGCUUCAGUCAUGUUACAACUAGGGCCAGAACUCAAAUCUAAGUCGAUCUGUCACAUGAUACACUGUGGACUAUGACUGCUGGCUAGCGGUCAAGAGGUCCCUGGUUUGAUUCCUAAUGUCGGCGUGAGACUAUAGGCAGGGCUCUUUGUCAAACCUGCCUUACUCAACCGAGGGGUAUAAAUUGGUACUAUUUAAUUUUGAAGAUUCUCGCUACUGUAGCUUUGGUUGAGUUCGUUUCCCUUAGUUCUGAUGGCUUGUUCGCUCGUCUAGUUUUGUUAAGAUUGUGAUUUUCUUCUGCAUUAUGAUUAUAAUGACCUCGUAUGUUUUACGAAUAUUAAAAAAUGUGCAAAAAAAUAUUCAAAAGUCAUCAUAAAAGUUGAAAAACAUGGACCAAGUUUGCUAUUAUCGAUUAAGGGUAUGGUAUAAUAUCUUUGUAUAAACAUUAUGGUUAUUAUAGAUUGUGUGUAUAUCUUGUGGUCAGUUGACUUCAAAAAAAAACAUGUGCGGUUGUCUCAUUUAUCAAAAAUAUCUUAGGUUUAUUGCUAGUUAUAAUAUCUUGAAAGCUAUUUGUGGAUUUUUAUAAUUUGUGGUACAGUCCUCAAUGAAUUGUUACCCUGUGUAUUAAAUUGUGCAUUUUUUGGGGUCUGCCGUGAUAGGCGUUAUUAUAUUGUUUUAAGACAUUUUUAGUUCUGAUUUGUUGGAAAUGUCAGCUACUAUACCCUUUCAUAGGGUAAAAAUCUGACACUACAGUUAGAGAUGUGGAGACGCUUUUCAUAUUACUCUCAUUUCUAAACUUGCUCGUCAAAUUUCAUCCAACCUACCAGUAUAUGUGCCUCAAAUGAAUCUGUAAAAGUGUAAUCUCAAAUGACAUCUUGUCCUGCCGUUUUAAUCCAUCUCCAUCAUUGCUCUGACAAAGAACUUUUCCAACAACGCGCAGUAAACUCGGCUACACAAAAUGUGUACCUUCUGUGAUUACCAAAACUUACAUGAUAUCUUUCAUAGUGUUGUACGCAGAACAAGGUGUCUGUCGUAAAUACGUCAUUCAGCCCAUGGUUGCCAAUUGCAUUUGGUGAAGGAAAAUUAUCUCACAAAUGUCAUCAUUUUUGACAGGGGUUGAUGUCGGACUGAGGUUUUGAAUGAAUAAAGUCUGCAGGACAGGAUGUAAAGAUUCAUUUGAGGUCAGUUUAGUAAAUCGCAAGAGAAAUUUUACAACUGAGUGAUAUGAAAAAUGUCUUAGUAUGUCUUUGUAGCGGUGGCUUAGUAAAAUGGUUACCUGAAGCGUCCGCACAUAGGUAAUCAAAAUGAGUGCGAAUGUCACAUCUGAUCUGUUCCUAGAAUAUGUCGGGAUGAAAAUUGAUUGAGAGUUAUGCAUGAAAUUGAAAAUCAUUGUAGAUAUUUAAGAGGGUAUUAUUUAUGGUAAAAUUACAAGUCCUUGUUUAUGUUCUGGGUAGCAUGACAUAUAUUGUUUGUGGCCAGAGGUCAUGGGGUUAUGUAUCCGUGUGAUUUUUGUUUUGGUGACUUAAAGGGGGCGUGAUGCUUUGAAGGGGUUAAUUAGUGCUGAGUUGUUGGCAGCGUUUAAAUGUUCUGUCUUGUGAAGUGAACUUCUUGGUGGGUCUGUGCAGCUCUGUUCUCAUCUUCAGGAGUUAAAAAGAUAAUGCAUACUAUUAGUCUUUCUAAUUAGCUUGGAUAUUAAUUACAUGUUGAUUGAUUAAUGCAAUAAUUGACUGUAGUAUUCAUCAGGAUGGCAUUUUAUACAGUGAGGGGUGAAAUUUACAGAUUGGGCCUGUCCGAUGUUAAGAUUUUCUAGACCUGAAUUAUUGGAUGAAAGCUCUAUUUGUUCAUUGAGAAAAGAAUGAAGAUCCUCUACUGUUUCCAGUCCCAAUCCCACACAAAAUAAUGUUUUCAUCCAAUAGUUUUGUGUCUGGUCAUACAAUUUACCGCAGGGUGGUCCUUACCAAGGCUUCUGACAGAGUUUACUUCAGGUGCUGUCUAUGUUUCGGGCAGAUCAAUUGAGGAUUACCAAUUUACGUGUAUUUUGUUCAUCUGUAUUCAUUUUUGCCUUAUCAAAAAAAAUCCUGCUAAUCUUUGUAAGUACUGUGUAUUGUAUUCCUUAGGAACUAUUAGCAUUGUAGGUAUAAUAGGCUUAUUAGGGGCUAUUUCUGUUCAAAAUAAACCAAAAACAUCA